AUGGGGACACAAUUCAGUGUGCCACUUCCUGUAUUCCGUUCUGAACAUGAAGGUGGUUUGGAGAAGGAGAGCAUGGUGGUAACUAUGGAGAAUGAAAGUGCUGUUAGCUUAACAACUGUGCAAGCAAGCAUAGCAGAAAAGGAGUCAGAAGAGGCGAGUAAAAAGGAGAAUGGUAGCAGUGAUGCAAAUGAAGCAGAAAAGGAGUCAGAAGAGGUGAGUAAAGAGGAAAAUGGUAGCAGUGAUGCGAAUGAAGCAGAAAAGGAGUCAGAAGAGGUGAGUAAAGAGGAGAAUGGUAGCAGUGAUGUGAAUGAAGCAGAAAAGGAGUCAGAAGAGGCGAGUAAAGAGGAGAAUGGUAGCAGUGAUGUGAAUGAAGCAGAAAAGGAGUCAGAAGAGGCGAGUAAAGAGGAGAAUGGUAGCAGUGAUGAGAAUGAAGCAGAAAAGGAGUCAGAAGAGGCGAGUAAAGAGGAGAAUGGUAGCAGUGAUGCGAAUGAAGCAGAAAAGGAGUCAGAAGAGGUGAGUAAAGAGGAGAAUGGUAGCAGUGAUGCGAAUGAAGCAGAAAAGGAGUCAGAAGAGGCGAGUAAAGAGGAGAAUGGUAGCAGUGAUGCUAAUGAAGCAGAAAAGGAGUCAGAAGAGGCGAGUAAAGAGGAGAAUGGUAGCAGUGAUGCAAAUGAAGCAGAAAAGGAGUCAGAAGAGGCGAGUAAAGAGGAGAAUGGUAGCAGUGAUGCGAAUGAAGCAGAAAAGGAGUCAGAAGAGGCGAGUAAAGAGGAGAAUGGUAGCAGUGAUGCUAAUGAAGCAGAAAAGGAGUCAGAAGAGGUGAGUAAAGAGGAGAAUGGUAGCAGUGAUGCGAAUGAAGCAGAAAAGGAGUCAGAAGAGGUAAGUAAAGAGGAAAAUGGUAGCAGUGAUGUGAAUGAAGCAGAAAAGGAGUCAGAAGAGGCGAGUAAAGAGGAGAAUGGUAGCAGUGAUGUGAAUGAAGCAGAAAAGGAGUCAGAAGAGGCAAGUAAAGAGGAGAAUGGUAGCAGUGAUGCGAAUGAAGCAGAAAAGGAGUCAGAAGAGGUGAGUAAAGAGGAGAAUGGUAGCAGUGAUGCGAAUGAAGCAGAAAAGGAGUCAGAAGAGGCGAGUAAAGAGGAGAAUGGUAGCAGUGAUGCAAAUGAAGCAGAAAAGGAGUCAGAAGAGGCGAGUAAAGAGGAGAAUGGUAGCAGUGAUGUGAAUGAAGCAGAAAAGGAGUCAGAAGAGGCGAGUAAAGAGGAGAAUGGUAGCAGUGAUGAGAAUGAAGCAGAAAAGGAGUCAGAAGAGGCGAGUAAAGAGGAGAAUGGUAUCAGUGAUGUGAAUGAAGCAGAAAAGGAGUCAGAAGAGGUGAGUAAAGAGAAUGGUAGCAGUGAUGCGAAUGAAGCAGAAAAGGAGUCAGAAGAGGUGAGUAAAGAGGAGAAUGGUAGCAGUGAUGCGAAUGAAGCAGAAAAGGAGUCAGAAGAGGCGAGUAAAGAGGAGAAUGGUAGCAGUGAUGCAAAUGAAGCAGAAAAGGAGUCAGAAGAGGCGAGUAAAGAGGAGAAUGGUAGCAGUGAUGCAAAUGAAGCAGAAAAGGAGUCAGAAGAGGCGAGUAAAGAGGAGAAUGGUAGCAGUGAUGCAAAUGAAGCAGAAAAGGAGUCAGACGAGGCGAGUAAAGAGGAGAAUGGUAGCAGUGAUGUGAAUGAAGCAGAAAAGGAGUCAGAAGAGGCAAGUAAAGAGGAGAAUGGUAGCAGUGAUGCUAAUGAAGCAGAAAAGGAGUCAGAAGAGGUGAGUAAAGAGGAGAAUGGUAGCAGUGAUGUGAAUGAAGCAGAAAAGGAGUCAGAAGAGGUGAGUAAAGAGGAGAAUGGUAGCAGUGAUGCGAAUGAAGCAGAAAAGGAGUCAGAAGAGGCGAGUAAAGAGGAGAAUGGUAGCAGUGAUGCUAAUGAAGCAGAAAAGGAGUCAGAAGAGGCGAGAAAAGAGGAGAAUGGUAGCAGUGAUGCGAAUGAAGCAGAAAAGGAGUCAGAAGAGGCAAGUAAAGAGGAGAAUGGUAGCAGUGAUGCGAAUGAAGCAGAAAAGGAGUCAGAAGAGGCGAGUAAAGAGGAGAAUGGUAGCAGUGAUGCAAAUGAAGCAGAAAAGGAGUCAGGAGAGGUGAGUAAAGAGAAUGGUAGCAGUGAUGCGAAUGAAGCAGAAAAGGAGUCAGAAGAGGUGAGUAAAGAGGAGAAUGGUAGCAGUGAUGCUAAUGAAGCAGAAAAGGAGUCAGAAGAGGCAAGUAAAGAGGAGAAUGGUAUCAGUGAUGUGAAUGAAGCAGAAAAGGAGUCAGAAGAGGCGAGUAAAGAGGAGAAUGGUAGCAGUGAUGUGAAUGAAGCAGAAAAGGAGUCAGAAGAGGCGAGUAAAGAGGAGAAUGGUAGCAGUGAUGCUAAUGAUGCAGAAAAGGAGUCAGAAGAGGUGAGUAAAGAGGAGAAUGGUAGCAGUGAUGCGAAUGAAGCAGAAAAGGAGUCAGAAGAGGCAAGUAAAGAGGAGAAUGGUAGCAGUGAUGCGAAUGAAGCAGAAAAGGAGUCAGAAGAGGCGAGUAAAGAGGAGAAUGGUAGCAGUGAUGCAAAUGAAGCAGAAAAGGAGUCAGGAGAGGUGAGUAAAGAGAAUGGUAGCAGUGAUGCGAAUGAAGCAGAAAAGGAGUCAGAAGAGGUGAGUAAAGAGGAGAAUGGUAGCAGUGAUGCUAAUGAAGCAGAAAAGGAGUCAGAAGAGGCAAGUAAAGAGGAGAAUGGUAGCAGUGAUGUGAAUGAAGCAGAAAAGGAGUCAGAAGAGGCGAGUAAAGAGGAGAAUGGUAGCAGUGAUGUGAAUGAAGCAGAAAAGGAGUCAGAAGAGGUGAGUAAAGAGGAGAAUGGUAGCAGUGAUGCUAAUGAUGCAGAAAAGGAGUCAGAAGAGGUGAGUAAAGAGGAGAAUGGUAGCAGUGAUGCGAAUGAAGCAGAAAAGGAGUCAGAAGAGGCAAGUAAAGAGGAGAAUGAAAAGGAGUCAGAAGAGGCGAGUAAAGAGGAGAGUGGUAGCAGUGAUGUGAAUGAAGCAGAAAAGGAGUCAGAAGAGGCGAGUAAAGAGGAGAAUGGUAGCAGUGAUGCGAAUGAAGCAGAAAAGGAGUCAGAAGAGGCGAGUAAAGAGGAGAAUGGUAGCAGUGAUGUGAAUGAAGCAGAAAAGGAGUCAGAAGAGGCGAGUAACAAGAAUGGUAGCAGUGAUGCUAAUGAAGCAGAAAAGGAGUCAAAAGAGGCGAGUAAAGAGGAGAAUGGUAGCAGUGAUGUGAAUGAAGCAGAAAAGGAGUCAGAAGAGGUGAGUAAAGAGGAAAAUGGUAGCAGUGAUGCUAAUGAAGCAGAAAAGGAGUCAGAAGAGGCGAGUAAAGAGGAGAAUGGUAGCAGUGAUGUGAAUGAAGCAGAAACGGAGUCAGAAGAGGCGAGUAAAGAGAAUGGUAGCAGUGAUGCUAAUGAAGCAGUAGGAGAAGAAAACGGCACAAUGCUGGAUUCAGAGGAUACCUUCCAAUGGAAUCUGUUUUGGUGGAUAUUUCAGCAAUAA